AUGAUGCAUCGCAAGGUUCCCUGUAUUAGAGUGGAUGGUACGGGGGAACUGCUUAACCGAUCAUCCCUUGGCAUUGGAUCUGCUUCCCAAGCUUCUGUUCACUUUGAUCUGAGCCCCAAGGGAAAAAUGUGCAUUCUGGAAGCUGCUGAGUUGGCCAAACGUGCGCUCUGUCUUGGUGUAUAUCUUGUUCCUGAAAGUUGUGAAUGUAUGAGUGGGUUCUUCAUUGGAAGCUUUGGGCUUAGACCAGCUUUCUGUAAUAAUAGCAUACAAGAAUGGAGGGAGAAGUACUUCAUCAAAGCCGGAGAAGCGGAAGCUCGGUUCUGGAAUACUUUUCGUGAGCAGACAAUUAAAAGGAGAAUGUGGGAGAAAAAAGCUCUGAUGAUAAAAACUGAAGAGUGA